UCGUCUGACAACACAAUGGAGAGAAAACCUGGGACGAAGCCACAUAAAUUUUGUGUUUUUGUAUGAAAUUCGGAUGGCGGCGACGUGCCGAAAUUCGAAAAUGGGACAGCCGAUGUAUUGCGCUGCAAUUGUCUGACUGGUCGUUCGAUUGUUUAUUCCGAUACACUGGAACCUUCCUUAGAUACUAAGGAACCAUAUACGUAUUUAUGACCUUCCUUUUUCAUCGGAUUAAAUUGUGGCCAACCUAAUUCAGAACAACUUUGACACACACAGCCACAGGAUAGGAUGAAUGAACACAUCUCAUAAUGGGUAGAUACCGAAUGCCGCGAUAUUCCUACCAUCUUAGCUUGGCUGGGACAUUGGUAGGAGCUGUUGUGCUACUUAGAGAAUAUGUUGGUGGAAAGAAAUAUGGAGGAAAGGAAAAGCUUGUUGGUAAAACAGUGAUUGUCACUGGAGCAAGUAGUGGUAUUGGAAAAGAGACUGCUGUAGAAUUAGCAAAACGGGGAGCAAGAGUGAUUCUUGCCUGCAGGGAUGAGGAGAAGGCAACAAAGGUUCGUGCUGAGAUUGUGGUCGAAACAGCCAACAGGAAUGUUGAGGUGAAAAAACUUGACCUGGCUUCGAUGGCAUCAAUCAGGAAAUUUGCCAAAGACAUCAUUAUAAACGAAAGACACGUUGAUAUCCUCAUCAACAAUGCUGGAGUGAUGCGAUGUCCAAAGACACUAACCGAGGAUGGCUUUGAGAUGCAACUUGGUGUAAAUCAUUUGGGACACUUUCUGCUGACAAACCUUCUUCUUGACAAACUGAAAGAGUCACAACCUAGUCGUAUUAUUACGCUAUCAAGUGUUGCUCACACGAGAGGGAAAAUAAAUUUUAUAGACUUGAAUAGCAGCAAGGAUUAUGACAAGGCUGAAGCCUAUAAUCAGAGUAAAUUAGCAAAUUUACUAUUCACAAGGGAAUUGGCAAAGAAAUUAGAAGGAACCAAAGUAACAGCCAAUGCUGUCCAUCCAGGAAUAGUCAACACAGACCUGGGACGACAUUUAAGUCUUAAAAAGUCGUAUUUCUCAUGGAUCUUUCUCGGUCCGUUUCUCUGGGUGUUUACAAAGACGCCAAAGCAGGGUGCUCAAACAACCAUAUAUGGUGCAGUGAACCCUGGGUUAGAAAAUGUGUCGGGAAAAUAUUACAGCAAUUGUAAGGAAACUAAACCGUCAAAGGAUGCUCAGGAUGAUGCUGCUGCAAAAAGAUUAUGGCUAGUUAGUGAAAGAUGGACUCGGUUAUCAUGACACGUGUGAGGACUUUGGAAGUAUGUGUGAUUUUUCUAGUGCAAGUGACAUUAGUUGGUGAGAGUCAGUUGAGCUUAUCAAGGAGUUCAUUGGAAGAGAAGAACCUUAGUCGGGUAAACAUGAACUAAACAACGUCGACUCGACUUCCAGACUCAAUCAAAGUCAUCUGGUGACAUUUUCAAAUUAACUUAGUUCAAGAUUGCACAUGAACUGCUUUCACAUUGAUGAAUAACAUUAACUUGGAAAAGAAUAUAUACAAACAUUUUGAUUUGAAAUGUGCAACAGGUGGAAAUAAUGAGGUCGUAUUCCAAGUUGGGAGUGGCUUCCUACAAAUUGCAAUACAACUUUAUUAUUAACCCCUUAUGCACAGGCCUGGAUUUGUCAAACUCUUGUGGAUAAAGAUUUGACACAAAAUUCAUCAUAAUCUCAAUAUCAGCAACGCAUCAUCGUUCUGCUGAGGGUCCGGCAUUUUUACAUAUGUUUAUGAUUGUCUGAAAUAUAUA